CGACGUACCACGCGACGAGGAGUGGGGUACGACCAGCAGGACGUUCUGCACCAUAUCCUAAACAUCCACAUCGUGAGUAGCGAUCACUCUGAUCCAAAGGCGAUUUAUGGCUAAUCCCUCUGUUUAUUCUGAACGACUUUACGACAGCGGUUACGAACGAUGCCAGGCGGGAGAGCAGUUGGACGCGUGGAUAUUCGAUGUUCUGAUUCAUGCUGAUGCAAUCUUUCUCAUUCGUGUAUUUUUUAUAUCCGUUGCUUGCUGGUUGUUGAUAUCCUAUUGUCUCUUAUUGUGUCAACAUAUGUAAGCGAAACACGAUGCUUGUUGUUAAUUGUCCGAGUCAGGAAUAGCGUCAAAGCCUUGCAAUACCACUGUUCCCACCAUGUUCCGGCAUAAGUGCAGGAAAAUAGGCGUGGGAUGCGUGGCUAGAUGAGUCCGA